GUGGCAACCCUCGCCCUUUUGCAGAUUUGCAGGAAAAUUGUUUGCAGCUUAACCCUACCGUGUGGCCUGCUUUUCCCACGGGGCGGCCGAAAUGAAGUUGGAAUAGUCACCGCCCCCCACCCUCGGGGGAAACCAGAAAUUAAGGAUUGAGUUGCUCUGCCUUUCUCCCUCUCCCUUUUCCUGUCCCGCCCCUUGGGCUUGGAGGCUAGGAGGCGACGGUGCAGCCCCGGGAGAUGGAGAAUAUCUGGCACUGCGUGGCGGGUGCUGUGAUCUGGGCUUGCACGACCCGGGUGGGAGUGACGCGUGCUCGGGGCUUGUCAGCAGCUUCCCCCACAGCGCCCGUAGCGAACUGUUCCACCUCCCCUUCUCCAGUUUUUCCAGGGUCUGAGGCUGUGUCCUGGUCUUUUUAAUCCUGCGGAUGGUCACUGGGUAGACGUCUGCUUUGGGUGCUGGGUGGUGGAGGCUGUUCUGUCCUCCCCUUGUGGGCAAACAUUUGGUGAAUGCUGACUUACUCCUGUCGGCUUCCUCUCCUUUAUUUCUUAAUCCGGGUUUCACCAGUUAAGUGAGUCUUUUUUUUUUCUUUUUUUCUUUUUUUAAUUUCACACAUGUACCCCCAUCCCUUUGGGUAACCCCGCGCCAGCUGCGUGGUAUCCAGGUCCAACUAAAACUUGGAGCCUUGGGGUCCGGGCCUGGCGGGUCCUGGCCAGCUUGCAUUUGCUAUCUUAGCUAUUUGAAGUGGAGUCGCCACCGGGACUGGCUUGCUGGGGUGGCUUAAAUGCACUGCAUAUGCUGGAAGGUCACUUCAGCUUUCUCCUUUGUGAGAAAGAGAUUGUGAUUUGAUGCGCUGGCAGCGAGUCCAGGGCAUCAUUCUGAGACAGUGCUUUCUCGAAGCCAUUAUGGAAUAAUUUAUGUAGUCGAUUUGUGCAGGUGAAGGUUACACAAGAACUGAAAAACAUUCAAGUUGAACAGAUGACUAAACUUCAAGCCAAACACCAAGCAGAAUGUGAUUUGCUUGAAGAUAUGAGGACAUUCAGUCAGAAGAAGGCUGCUAUUGAAAGAGAGUAUGCACAGGGUAUCCAGAAGUUGGCUAGUCAGUAUCUGAAGAGAGAUUGGCCGGGAAUAAAAGUUGAUGAUCGAAAUGAUUACAGGAGCAUGUAUCCUGUUUGGAAAUCUUUUCUCGAGGGAACAAUGCAAGUUGCCCAGUCCCGGAUCAAUAUGUGUGAAAACUAUAAAAAUUUUAUUUCUGAGCCUGCAAGGACAGUGCGAAGCUUAAAAGAACAGCAACUUAAAAGGUGUGUGGACCAGUUGACAAAGAUUCAAACUGAAUUACAAGAGACAGUGAAAGAUUUAGCUAAAGGCAAAAAGAAGUACUUUGAGACUGAACAGAUGGCUCAUGCAAUACGAGAAAAAGCUGACAUCGAGGCAAAAUCUAAACUUAGUCUUUUCCAAUCAAGAAUCAGUUUACAGAAGGCAAGUGUAAAGUUAAAAGCCCGGCGAUCUGAGUGUAAUUCCAAAGCUACCCACGCAAGGAAUGAUUAUCUUCUUACAUUAGCUGCAGCAAAUGCUCACCAGGAUCGCUACUAUCAAACAGAUUUAGUUAACAUCAUGAAGGCUCUUGAUGGAAAUGUGUAUGAUCACCUCAAGGAGUAUUUAAUAGCCUUCAGCCGGACUGAACUAGAAACAUGCCAAGCUGUGCAGAACACAUUCCAGUUUUUAUUAGAAACCUCCAGCAAGGUGGUACGGGACUAUAAUCUUCAGCUGUUUUUGCAAGAGAAUGCUGUAUUCCACAAACCCCAGCCCUUCCAGUUCCAGCCUUGUGACAGUGAUACUAGCCGACAGUUAGAAUCAGAAACUGGGACCACAGAGGAACACAGUCUGAACAAGGAGGCUCGGAAAUGGGCCACACGGGUGGCACGGGAGCACAAAAACAUCAUUCACCAACAACGGGUUCUAGAUGAUCUGGAAUGUCAUGGAGUUGCAGUAUCAGAGCAAAGCCGAGCAGAGUUGGAGCAGAAAAUAGAUGAAGCUAGAGAAAAUAUUCGUAAAGCAGAGAUAAUUAAGUUGAAAGCUGAAGCCCGGCUGGACCUGCUUAAGCAGAUUGGUGUUUCUGUGGACACAUGGCUAAAGAGUGCAAUGAACCAAGUAAUGGAAGAAUUGGAAAACGAGCGAUGGGCCCGCCUUCCAGCAGUGACCAAUAAUGGCACUUUACACUCGCUUAAUGCAGAUACUGAAAGAGAAGAGGGAGAAGAGUUUGAAGACAACAUGGAUGUUUUUGAUGACAGCAGUUCCAGCCCUUCUGGCACCCUAAGAAAUUAUCCACUCACCUGUAAAGUUGUUUAUUCCUACAAGGCUUCUCAACCAGAUGAGUUGACCAUUGAGGAACAUGAGGUGUUAGAAGUGAUUGAAGAUGGAGAUAUGGAAGACUGGGUAAAGGCUCGAAAUAAAGUUGGUCAAGUGGGUUAUGUGCCAGAAAAAUACCUACAGUUUCCCACCUCGAACAGUCUGCUGAGCAUGCUGCAGUCCUUGGCUGCUUUGGACAGUCGGUCACACACAUCCAGCAAUUCCACGGAGGCCGAACUCGUUUCAGGCAGCCUCAACGGAGAUGCCAGUGUCUGUUUCGUGAAAGCACUUUAUGACUAUGAGGGCCAAACAGGUGAUGAAUUAUCAUUUCCUGAGGGAGCAAUCAUCCGAAUUUUGAACAAAGAAAACCAGGACGACGAUGGCUUCUGGGAAGGGGAAUUCAAUGGGCGGGUUGGAGUUUUCCCAUCGGUGCUAGUGGAAGAACUUUCAGCCUCAGAAAAUGGCGACACUCCAUGGAUGAGAGAGAUUCAGAUCUCUCCUUCCCCCAAGCCGCCCGGCUCCCUGCCCCCCCUGCCGCUGUACGACCAGCCUCCCAGCAGCCCUUUCCCCAGCCCGGAUAAGAGGAGCUCCCAGUACUUCCCCCGUUCUCCUUCGGCAAAUGAAAACAGCUUCCAUGUGGAAUCACCAGGAUUCUCGCAGGCAACAAGGCAUACUCCUGAGACCUCAUAUGGCAAACUGCGACCUGUCCGAGCAGCUCCCCCUCCACCUACACAGAAUCACCGAAGGCCAGCCGAGAAAAUUGAAGAUGUGGAAAUCACGCUGGUGUGAUGAUGGGCUUGCCUGUGCAUUAGUACUACAAUCAAGGCCAGGCUUGGUGUUUGGUCAGUCUUGUGUUUUAGGCACCUUUGCAUGAGGAUGACUCUUGAACAGAGCAAAAACAUGGAGGAUUAUAUGUGACUGGGUGGCCUAGUGGACUCCUCCCACAUUUUGAAUAUUUUGUGCCUUUUUUUGUUGUCAUUUUCUAUGUCAUCUCUCCUACCAUAGCACAAAUCCUAGUGGACCCUGGAAGCAAAGAGGGGGAUAGCUCUUGUGCCUAACAGUGGUCUACAUUUCUAUGAGACUCAAGACCAGGCCUGUUCAGGGCACAGUCACAGAGACUGAUCAUGUGCACUCGUACAGUAUAUUACUGUGGCCACAGGAUGUGGCAGAGAUUCUCAUCUUUCUUCAAGUGACUUUUGCUCGUCUGAUUGAGUUUAAUCAGAUCACGUUGGCUACAUAAAGAAGCAGAUAGAGGGAUUUCAGGUGAGGCUGGCUCCUCCCCACAGUUAGUCCCCAGACUGAGAAAGUGAAACCUUAUUCGUAAAAAAGUGGACUGUCCUGACUUUAGCGCCAAUUGCAUUAAUGCACAUCUCUUCCACAACUAACAGAUUUAAAACAGUAACCAGUGUCCUUUGUAUUAAUAUUUAUGCCAUUCAUUUAGAAUUAGUGGAGCUAAUAUGGAGGGGCUGAACUAGUAGCCAAAUCUUGUCCAUCACAUAGACUAGUAGAAAGGAGGCUUAAGGCUAAAGCAGAAAUGGAGCUUCCAAGUCUGAUAUGAGCCAGUUUAAUGUUCUUUUUGUAUUUGGGUAUUUUUCAUCUUAAUUUUUGCAGCAUAUACUCUUCUGACUGGUAUCCUUAGAAUCUGAAUGUCUGUAAAUUGAGGACACAUACCUGCAUUGCUGAGCUUCUCUACUGGGAAGCCCCUAGUAUUUUAUUCCCAAGCCAGUGCACUGGCCCCAGCAGCCAGGUUAUGACAGGUGCAGACCAGCGGCUACCCCCACCAUGAAAAAUGUGGCUUCCCGGUCCCAGUAGCCUAACAGUGGCCCACAUUUCCUUGGGAGGAAGAACUUGUGGUGUACAGAGAAAACCAGCCUAUCUGAAAAAGGACUUGCACACCCUGCACAAGUGCAAACUGAUGAAGAAAAUCAAGUUCUCCAUGUCACAAGGAGAGCCAAGAGUAGCUCUCUCCACAGCUAGCAGCAGGUGUCCCCAGAGUGGGGUUCUGUCAGCUCUGCACCUGUGGAAGGUAGGGAGUGCCUGACCUAGGAACUAAGGAAUAUUUGCCAGUUGCUUAUUUUCUUAAGAAAUCAAAUUUACAGAAGUUAAAUCAAAAGUUGUAUUAUGCUUUGAAAACUCCAUCCCGCCUAAGAAUCUUUAAAAACUUGAAAUGCUCGCCAAAUGUCCCUGUGGGAUUUUUGACCAAAAGUAUGGUCAUAGUUGAAGAAAUUUUCAGCUAGUCAUUUGAUCACUUCAGUGACAACACCCAUUAAUGAAUCUUCUCCAUGAUUUGGGGCUUUUCGUUUUGUUUUGCAUUUCUUAACCUGUUGAUCUAUUUGAGGUCUUUUGUGUUUAUCAAACUUAUUCUUAAGUUUAAAAAAGAAAUUAAUUAGGGUGGUUUUUUUAAGAUUUUCAAGUUUGCCAGCAUGUUAAAAAUCUUUAAAGCACUUUACAAAUUUUCAAAGUGCUUAUUUAAAUCAGGCAGUUCUUGCCACCCAGUCUUGUAUUCUUUCUAGCUAGCCAAAUUGUCCUUGAAUCUGGGUUUUCCACAUUCUCAGAGGGUUAUUUGAAAUCUUUUGUUAUAUUUUAAAAUAUUUUUUGGAAGAGCUGCUAAUUUUAUUUUAAAAAAGUAAACAAAGUUGUAAAAAAAUAUGCCUCCUUUUUAAAAAGAACCCCUCCCUCCAGGACAUGUAACCCAGCAUCACAGUGCACAGGGCAGGCUCAGAGGGAGCGCCUCCGUGCAGAUGUGCUUUCUUUACCAUGGCUGUAAAAAGUUUGUAUUUAUUAUGUAUAAAAUGUUGAAUAAUAAAAAAAUGGAAUUA